CACGGACACAUCAUGACUGCUGGCGAGCCUCCGGAUCUCGCUGGCGUCCCAGCAAAGGUGCAAAAAUGAAUAAUUCUUCAACGCGGAUGGAACGGGACCAACUCGGAAACAUCGCAAGGCGAGAAUUUGGAUUUAUUAUACAGGACUUUUGGCAAAAAUAUUCAAUUAAUUUGGAUUGAAGACAAUAUUUCAGUGGUAUUUUAGUCACUUGGAAAAAAAGGCAUGACUUCCAGAACACUUUACGGCUGUGAUUAGGAAUAUCCUAAAACUGACUGCUGCGAAUUUGUAAAUUUCCGCAUUUUCAUCGAAUCCAGUUUUGAUAAUUUUUUAAAAACUUACCUAUUUGCUGUUUCGUAUCUUUCUUAAAGUACCGCAUGGACACCAUUUUGGUGGAGGCACUUACUCGUGGAUUUUUUUUUACUUAGGCAUCAUCAUUUGGUGUUUCGGGGCUGGAUGUUUUGGCGGAAUCCAUGUUCCUAUUGUUUUUUUGUGCUCAGGAAUACGAGUCAAGGUAUUAUUUUGGAACCAGUUUUUGGCAAUUUGGUGGAUUGACUUAUAAGCACACUUUUUGGGAACUAUUUUUGUUGAAAAAUUCAGUUUUUGACACCAGGCCAAACAAAAACACCAUUUGUUUGGCAUCAUCUUGAGCAAUUUAGACAGAUUUUAGCUAUUCAGAAAUUUUGGGUUGGAUCCAUUCUCAAUUUUUGCUGGCCAAAAACAAUACAUUACUCACUUUUGGCACUAUCCAGGAAACUAUGAUGAAGUGAAAAGUGAAUUUUAAAUUGAGAGUAGUAGCGUUUAGCCAUCAUAGAACUAUUUUGAAGUGAUUUGAGGAUUUUCAUUCAGACAAAAGUUGCUUUGCAGCCAUUUUCCGCAUCGAUUAGUAUCAUUUUUUCUCAAGUCUUAACAUUUUGGACUACAACAAAAAAAGCCAAAGAACAAACAAACACCUGUUAUGUUCAACUUUACAAGACAUUUUUGGUUGUGAUCCCACAUGGUCAUCGUGGGAAUAAGCCAAAGUGAGAAGAAAAUUGAGGAAAAAGUAGCAAGAGAGUGGUGCAAAUGGUCCCUUAUAAAUAGUUGAGGAGAGGCUGAAAGGAGAUACUGGGACGGAUUCUUCUCGUGUAACUGGACACUGAGAGUUGUCAACAGUUUGGGGAGGCAACCACUUGUUCUUUCUCUUUUUCGUCUUCUCACGUAUUAUCUCAUUCUCGACGAGCCCACAGCCUGUGUUUGUGUGUGCGUGGACGAUAGCUACAACAUGUCUGGCUUGGCGGACGCCCCCGUGACGUUGAUGAUGUCGGUUCUCCUCGUGGGGCUUCAAGCUUGCUCGUGCACAGGCGCGUGCGUGGAGGUGGACUCGGAUACAGAGGCGGUGGCCAACCGAGGCUUUAAAAUGGGCUGCAUUUCGUGCAAGAGGAGGGGAGAGGUCAUGGCCACUGCCAGCGUCGCUUGGUUCUUCAAGGCCUCGCACGACGACGACUUCUCACACAUAUACAAUUUCGAGGACCAGAUUGGCUCCAUUUUGGACGAGCGCUUUGAGUCCCGCAUGGAGUGGCGCGGUAGCAUGUCCACGCUGGACCUGCAGGACGGUUCCAUCUACAUCCACAAUGUCACUUUCAAUGACACGGGCACGUACAGGUGCGUCUUCAGCCGCAUGCUCCUCUACAACGACUACACCUUCCACACCGUCAGCAGCAAGACCAUCAACUUGCGUGUGGUGCCCAAAAUGACGCGGGGGUGGGCGUCCAUUCUGUCGGAGGUGAUGAUGUACGUGUCUAUCGUUGGUCUGCAACUGUGGCUGCUGGUGGAGAUGAUCUACUGCUACAGGAAGAUCUCUGCUGCCGGCGAAGAGGCCUUGAGGGAGAACGCCUUGAGCAAGUGCUGGCGCAGGGAUGGCUUCUCACAUCCGCCUUCAGCAUCACCUUCUCCUCCGCAGCAGCAUGCCAGGAUAGGAGUGGGAAGAGAGGCAGUGGACAAAUCGACAACAACUGUUACAAAAGAAAAAGCUAAAUAUGAAUUACCAAUACAAUCAUGAAAAAAAUGGCAGUCAUAGAAAAUAACAGUUAACUGGGCAUAACAACCCAAACAAUAUGCCGAAAGCAAUAAUUUGGGAAAAAUAAUACAAAAAUACUGUAAGCCUAUUCAUGUUUGUAUCAAGUUUUCGAUUCAAAUUAGAUUUACAGUACUUUUCCCCACUUCUCACAGGUGUCUAAAACAUACUAGUAUUACAGCAAUAUAUUUCCAAAAUACCUUUGUUUACAUUUUUGAACUAACUUGCACAUGAAAAUUGUGAUUAACAAGUGUCAUUUUUCACAGCUUUCAGAAUACCUGAAAAUGUAUUAUUUCCAUCCAGUAUUAUCGAAGAUUGACAAAAUACUUUUGAAACAGUAUAUAUUUUUUUAUAUUGAGUGGUUGAAUUUGGAAGUCCAGGUGACACGAAUUUCAAAUUCAAUUCAAAAAUUCAAAAUUAAAAAAAAAAAAGUGACUUUUUGAGGAAUAACAUGUUAAAAAAAACAAUAAAAUGUUUUGAAUAACAAUUGUUAAGGCUUUCCUUGUUUUUCUUUAUCCAGUUUAAUUAGCUUAAAUGACAAAAUAUUAGAAAUAUUUGAUAAUUUGCAAACUUUCAAAAUUAAUCUUACCUAUUCCACACCUGCAUUUUAAAUCAGUGUGUGUACUGUAAUUGUGAGUGUGCCUUUCUCAUCAACUCAUUAGUUGUCUUUGACGGUUAUUGACGUCGGACCCAUUUGACGACACUGCCAGCCCCCGCAGUUCUAAUUGAUCGGACGUCAAUCGCCGUCAAUGGUAGCCAAUGAGCCUUGCUUUAGGACACGUUUGUGAGUUUCUGUAAUAUUAAGGGUGGCCACUAGAGAGCAGCAAUGCUGUUAAAUCCAUUGCACAGAAUACACAUAAAGUAAAAAAAAAAA